AUAUGUAUUAUGUAAAAGUUGCUCCACUUUUUUCUAAUCAAGAUUUAAAUUGUGGAACAAACAAAUAUGGAAGUAGUGGUAUAGGCUAAAUAUGGUCACCAUGAGAAAUUUGGGAAGUUGGAUCAGUGAAGGCUCCCAAACUUGAACCACAUCAUCUCAUACUCUCCUAUCUAAAGCUAAUUUCUUAGAUAUGCACAAAUACCUUCAAUCCCUGUUGAGUAUUUUCCUUUAUGUUAGCCUUAGUCUCCCUAUACCUUUUCAUUGACGCAAUCUUUUGAAAACGAGUCUACUCUUUUUAUCGAAUGUAUCCAAAGGUUUGCUCUAGAGAUGGUAAAGAUAAUGGCAUAUCAAGACCGUCAGACAUGGCUUUACUUUUUACUUUUUUGAUCCAAGCCACCCCAACCUUAUUUGCACUAGUUCAUGAUCAUGUCAAUCGUCGUAUUUCAGUACAUCCAUCUUAACAUUUUGUAAUUUUUCUAAAUUCAACUUGUGACCUAGGAAGCAAAAGAAUGGGUUUGUGAUUUGUAUUGGGCAUGAGUUCUAUAAUUCCAAGAUAUGAAAAUAUGGAUGUGAUAUACACUUGCACUGCUGUAAAUAUGUAUAUACAGACACACACACACACACAUAUACUAAACAAAGCAGACAAAAUACCUUAACAAAAAAACGUCAUCAAAGUAUUUAAAUCCACACCAAAAUAUUUCAUCAACAUACAUGUGAUCAAACUCUAUUUGGGUAUAUCAUCCUAAAAGUUCAUAAACAACAAGCUUAGGAACACCAAGAAAAGCUGCGCAAUAAGCAAUUAGCAGACAAGACUAGACCCAAAGUAAAGAAGGUGUUACAUGAUAAAACAAGGACAUUAGGGGAGAAGUAGAGAACAAAAUGUCAAACUCUUUUUUCACUUUGAAGUAUUGGGAACUUUGAAACACUAAUGUAAAACGACAAAAGGUAAACCCCUUCCUAAAAACAAGCCAAACCAUAUCUCACCUGCACUCAAAUUAUUCAUUACAAUUUCAAUAAACAGGUGCUGUACUUUUGUGUGUACCAGGAGAUAGCUACACAGAUCGUAAAUCUGACUAAAUGAAAUAAAAAAACCCUAAGAAUAAUAGAACAUGCAUACAUACACCAAGUGAUGAGAGCUUAUACCACAGGACAUCCACUGCCCAGGUAUCUGUACGUCUGAUCAAUCCCAUUCAACCCUAAGAAUCACAUGCUAUAGAGUCUAUUGAAGGAAGAACAAUCAGACAUAGAUGAGCUGAUAGAAAUUUAUACAAGAAAAUGACGUACCCUUCUUUUGGUUGUUUGUUUGAAGGGACAUGACAACUAAAACAGUGAAUCAAAAAUGAGGGAGCAACUCGUAUUUCGGAUGUGAUCACCAACUAUGGAAGGGUUUUACCCUUCAACUUUGAAAGCUCAACUAUUUUACCUUGUAUCUAGGUCAGUAUUGUGAGGUUGUGCUAAGCAGAUAUCCGCCCAUGUAAGACCAUUUGCAGAUUGGAUGUUUGCCAAUCAGAGCUGGUGACAUUGCUCACAAUAUUAAUAAACGUUAUCAAUAAGAAUGAAAGCACAGUGACCAGCUCAUUUGAUAAAACCUUGUACAAUUGCUUUUGUUGUUUAAGAUCAAGUGCUUUCUAGGUGCUGACUUUCCACCUUAUGGGUUGUGGUUUUCUGUCAUCUGUUAGGAUCGGUUAGCUCGUCCAAUAAUAGAACCUUCAAACCAGGAAGGAGAAAUUGAACAUCACAUGCUUUUGGAUUCUUCAUGUUGAUACGUACAUUUUCGUAGAACAUCUGUUGAAGAGCUGCUACUCUUAAACUUCUUAUGGAGGGUUUUCAGAUUGAUACCAAAUGGGAAGAUGUCAUAUGUCCCAUAUGCCUGUCCUUCCCACAUAAUUGCGUUCUUCUUCAAUGUUCAUCUUAUGACAAAGGAUGUCGGCCUUUUGUGUGUGACACCGAUCAUUUGCACUCGAAUUGUUUGGACCGCUUCCGAAUUGCAAAUGGGAUGUUGCCUGGGUCUGAUUUAACUACUGAGGCAACAUCCAUUGCCAACUCUGUCACAACAACUGCAGAGGCCACUAGCAGGUCGUCAUGCCCUCUUUGUAGAGGUGAUGUUACUGGUUGGGUUGUUGUCAAUGAGGCUCGGGUUAGAUUGGAUGAGAAAAAACGUUGUUGUGAAGACGAACAAUGUACUUUUACUGGAACCUAUAUGGAACUCCGGAAACAUGCUAAGGUGGAGCACCCUCAUGCAUGCCCAUCAAAAAUUGAUCCUGCAAGACAGCUUGAUUGGGAAAAUUUCCAGCAAUCCUCUGAGAUCAUUGAUGUUUUAAGCACUAUACAUUCAGAAGUUCCACAUGGCGUGGUUCUGGGAGACUAUGUUAUAGAAUAUGGGGAUAACGACUCUGGAGAUGAAUUUGAAGACUUUCCUGGUGAUGAUGGAAAUUGGUGGACCUCUUGCAUCUUGUAUCAAGUAUUUGAUAACUUUCGGAGUUCUAGAAACAGAAGAAGGUCAAGAGUCAUUGAAUCAAGGAGAGAAAGUCGUCGACUAAGUUAUGAUACUUCCAAUUCCGAUGAAGGUUCUGUGGUAUCUACGGAAUUUGCGGAAUAUAGAGCUGAUGAGGCUGAGGACGAAUUUGUGACUAGCAGUAGUAUAUCCAGGGGUAGAACAGGUCAUCGCAGUUCUCGAAGACGUCCUUCCCGCUUCUACGAUAAUUAGAUUUCCAAGUCAAUCUUGAGCUGAAAGGAAGUGCCUGUGGAAGUUCAUCGGCUGGAAAAUGAAGAUUCGAAUUGAAAAGCCUGGUCGCCUUAUAAAAUCGUUCAGGAAACAAAUAUGUGAUCUCUUGUCCCGAUUUUGUUUAAUUUUCUCAGACUGUUCAUGGUAUUUAGUUCUUAACUUCAUUUAAGUUACUCUUUCAAAUUCACUCCUGGAUGUCUGAAUAAAUUUUCAGAACCCUGUACAUUGGUUGAUCAAGUAUUUUGUUCUCUAUCUUCUGAUGCCAAACAAAUGAAACAUGGGACGAUUUUAGCA